ACUAGCGUAUUUUGAAAAUAAUUAAUUUAAGUUCUAUUGAGGUUUUACAAUUUAAUUUCAAUAAAAAUGGGCGACGACGAGUCUUCGUGCGAUGUUAUUUUUGUUUCAUCUGACGGAUCUCAAACAUAUGUAGAAAACCCUGACAGACCAAUAAUAAAACUAUUUGAAAGACUGAUAGGUAAUGAUACGAAACAAAACACAGUAUUGACCAAUGCACAAAUUGUUAAUAUAUUGAAUAAGGAAUUUGAUGUGGACGUCAGUAAAGUGAAUCUAUUAGAAAUAGAGAUAUACACAAACAUCAUAAAGAAGUAUCUCAAAGAUUGGCCGGAAUGGGAUAAAUUUGAAAAGGAUGUUAUGAAUUUGGAAUCACAAAAGAAUAGGGAAGAUAUAAAAAAUAUCAUAGAAAUAAACUAUAUAGCAAUUAAAGAUUAUUUACAAAGUAAAUUGGAUAUUGUAAAAUUAUUAUUGCCAUCAAAUUAUUAUCUAAGUGAAAUGCCACAAAAAGAGAAAGUCGAAAAAAAUUUAGAAAACAAAAGUUCCGAUGAUGAGAAAAUUGUAAUGGAAGUGUGCGCUACGAAAGCCCAAUUAAAUAAUCUAAUAUUAAGACAUCCGAAACAUAAUAAUUAUAUUUUCAAUUGGGAAGAGUCACAAAACGAUAAUUGCCUCGUAUUGCCAAUAAAGGCGAUUUUACACUGGGGGGGAAUAAACAUAAUAGCCAAACUAGCAUGGUCACAAUCAGAAAUGUUAUUAUUUAAAUAUGAAAAUCGUCAUAAAUCAAAAUACACUCUAGUCAAUAAAAAACUUCCGAUCCAACCAAAUAAGAUUGAACAUUUAACUAAAUGGCAAAUGAAAUGUAAAAAUCAAAACAAAAUAAACAUGUCUAUUGAAGAUCUUCUAAAUGUAAUGCAAAGUAAUGCAAAUCGUGGAACUUCUUCAUGGCAUAGUAUAUUAAAAAUUAUACAUAACGAUUUAAAAAUAUUAACUCAAGAUAUGCCUUCUUAUAUAAACUUGCCAGUUGAAUUUAGAAAACAUUUAAGUAAAUAUAGUUAUGUUAGAUAUAUGUAUAAAGAUGUGACGGAAUCGAUUGCGGAAAAUGGUGAAAAUUACGAUUUGCAAUUAGAAGAAAUGGUAACACCGAUUUGUUAUUUAAAUAUAGAUCUUCAUAAGACUAGUAAUCAGAAGGAGUAUUUGAGACUUGAAUGCGAUAUAUGUAAAAUGGAUUUAAAAGGUAAAGACAUACAAUGCGCUAUCGAUCAACACUUUAGUAUGUACCAUAUUGUGGAACCGGACUGGCAAUGUGUCAAUUGUAAUACAACAAUAUCAGCUAGAGAACUUGCAAAUAUGAACUGGCAACACACAUGCCCGUUAAAUCGUAACAAUUUGUUGCAAAAUCUAUAUAAAUAGAUUUUUAUGGACUAAAGAAAGAAUUUAUACUUGUACAGAAUGACAAAUUUAUCUGUCCCAGUAAAAGAUGUGGUUACCGUUGUCAUAGAUUAAUAAUAUCUGACCUGGUGGAUCUAAGUCAGACUAAAUUAUUACAGCUCGCUUGCUACUGUUAAAAUCAAAAAGUGUCACAUUGUCCUUUUUGUACUGUAGUCAUGUUAUUUUUUUUUCUACAUCCCAUUAUCUAUGCCCAUGUAGUUUUUACAUGUUUUCUGUCAGAACUAACCGCGAUUGCAACGCCUCUCUGGUCGUGCCAAAUAUCCUUGUUUGAUUUAUUUUGUUAGAAAAUAUGUUACAUCUACUUAGACAUUGUUAAUGAUAGAUAGUAACAGCAAAACGAGAAUCUUAUGUCAUUUUUUGACAGAGGAGGGUGGCGCUGAAGAGCCAGUGAGGUAUAAUUUGUCAAAAUUUUUAUUUUUUAGUCUGUUACCUAUAUAUCCACCAGUUCAGAUAAUUUUGUAUUAUAUCGAAAGACAAAACGAAUAUUUUGGUAGUGAAAUUUGACGGUAAUAUUUAAUAUA